AUGGGUAGUGUCCACCGGCCGGUGCCCGGUGGCUUGUGGGCAAUAGCUAGGCAAUGCCCACUCGGCCGCUAUUGGCUAGUGGUGUGGUCGUGUGGGGUGAGGCGUGACUCCAUCGUGAGGGGCCGAGGGCACGAGGUCCGACCGUCCGAAAGUGAGGAGCAGAGGUUUAGAGGAGACCGGACAGGAUCGAGGAGUAAGGAGGAUCAAGGAAGUAAGAACAAAGAAAUGAGGUCCGAGGAAGCGAGGAAGACGAAGAGCCAAAGAGGAACACGAACAACACCGAUUUUAGGUUUUGAUGUUGGUCAGUUGGAGCAGAGUGGCGGGGAUGCACAGUCGGUGGAAGUCACAACCGAUCGGAAUAUGGAGGCAAGUGGAAAGGGUGAUAAGGGAGGCAAAGCUAUAAAAUCUAUAGAUAAGAUAAAGGCUAGACUUCCAAAUGAUUUUAGCAUGGCAAUUGCUAAUAAAUUUGCACUACUAGAGGAGGUAGAAGAGAUGAACCAUAUAGAAUUAGAAUAUGGAGAAACAAUAAUGGAGAAAGCUAGAGUUAGUAGUGAUAAUUUAAGAGAGCUUAGGACUGGGAAGAUUAUAUUUAUUUCAAGAAAAAUGGAUAAUUAA